AUCUAACAUGAUGUGUGAUAAUCUUCCACUAUCUACUGAGUCUUGGUAGCAGAAGUAUCUAUACCAGACCAACGAUGAAAGACGCUCGAGAUGCAUCUCACUGGGUUUCUCGUUCUAGUCAAUGGGUGGUUUCGUCAUUGGGGAAAAAUGGUACUAGAUACCCAAAGUCACAUCACAUUCCUCUGAAAUCAGCAUCCCUUGCCAAGACGACAACUUCCACAGUCAUAUCUUAUCUGUCUCUAUAAUUCUUGUCUCUCGUUGAUUACAGCUGUGACCUUUCAUUCGUGCAGCUUCCCAUUUCGGUGCUCGAGCGUUCACGGAAACGGACAUUUUGACUGGUUACGACGUCACUGCAAUCCACGACCUUCAUCAUGUACGGCGGUCUUCCCGGUGGAGGAAGUCCCAAACGUGGGAGAAAAUCCUCGGGUCGGGUCGUUGCUCACCUGUAUAACCAAGUGCGAAGACCGAGUAGGUUUCGUGGUCGGCUGCUUUUUACAAUAUUCGGAAUAACUGGCAUUUUGUGUUUGAUCUACGGAAGGAAACAUGCAGUCGACCUUUCACGCACUGCAUCUUCCCUCAAGGACUAUAUUCCCGACAGUAUCACAGAUGUCAUCGCACAGUAUGGAGACUUUGAAGAGCAGAGAUGGGAUGAUGGUGUGGACCCGGAGAAUGCUACUUCAAGGAUCAUCAAGAAGCCAAAAUUUCAUCUCCUAAUACCUGCCAAUAAGCCGACAGAGAACCUAUGCAAAACAUUGUUAUCUGCAGCGAUUUUAAAUUAUCCGCCUCCAACUCUAAUCAGCUAUGGUAACAAGGGACAGGACACCAGACCCGGAGCAGAUGUUGUCAAGAAUAUAUUUGCAUUCUUACAUGGCAAAGAAGUGCAUGAAGAUGAUUUUAUACUCGUGGUGGAAGAAGAUGCAUGGUUCCAGCUUCCCGCAGAAGUCACAAUCAACCGAUUCUUCCAUGGCCUCAAAGACUCGAAUUCCAAAUUACUCGACAAGUAUGGCGGACUCGAUCAUAAUGAGAAUGCUACCAGAUCCUCGACUCAGCACCAAAAAUAUACCAUGAAAGUUUUGUUUGGUUCUGGAAAACAAUGCUCCAACACAGCGAGUGACCCAGCCUGCUACUCCGUUCCUGAAUCUCCACUUCCCAAGGACAUAUAUGGCGACCAGACCGAUCGGCAUCCAGAGGGCAAAUACAAUCGUCCUAGGUAUAUGAGCUCCGCCAUGGUCAUGGGACGAGUCGCAGAUCUCCGUCCAAUCUACAAGGAAGCCACCGAAAUGCUUGAAUUUAAUGACAUAGGCAAGAAAGGAAGUCAAUACGUUUUCUCCGAAAUACUAGGUAUCCAAGAGUAUGCAAGGACUCUCUCGUUGGCAUCUGCCAGAAAUGGCCCCUCGAAAUGGCGUUCCUGGUUUUCAGCUGUGCUAUCGAAAUCUUCAGACCCUUCAGUCAAUCCGCCUAACAUCACACUAAAGGCAGAUAAGAACUAUGAAUUUGGAAUUGGGCUUGAUUACUUCAGUUCUGUUUUUCAGGUCAUGAACAAUAGCGCAGAAGACGUCCGGUUCGUGAGGUUCAACCAUCCAUCUGUCAUUGCUUCUCCUUCACGAAUCUCUGCAAAAGCAUUCAAAAAUCCUAUUCGCAUCCCUUCAGAUCUCGCUCUCGCACCACCACCUUUCUUUCAGAACCAGAUGUCCAGCGCAAUUCCAGAUCCUCCGAUCACAGAACUUGACAAUAUGCAUGAUGACACUGCUUUAUGGACAGACAUCGAACUUUCUACCAAUGUCAUCGUCCCAGGCUCGUCUGUACCUGCAUCCCUCAAUUUCCAUGGUAGCGAGUACUUGCUUGAUGGCGAGAUGUGGGAGAAGAUGUGGUUUCAUCCGAAUGCUAGAGCUCUCAUGCGCCAAUAUAUUCGAAGUCCAGAUGGGCCUAUUGCAGCUUCUGCCGCUGCCAAAGGUGGUGAUCAGUGGUGGGAUCUCAGAGGCGGAAAGGGAGGCGUUUGGACAGACAGAGGCGAGUGGUUAGAGUGGAAUGAGGUGUGUGGUGCCUUCGAUGAAAAAGUCUUUGGAGAUGAUAAGGGCGAAUUCAUGAGAGAAAAGGAGGAGGUUGGGGGACAGAAAGUCGUGUACAAGUUUGGACAAGUUGUCCAAGGCAAGCUGCCAAAACCAAAGCCGUCCAACUUGCCCAACCCCAACCCAUCCAACAUGAAUGCCCACAAGGGUCUUCUGGGGGAGGCGAUGAAAGUCGGUGGAGCAAAACCUGGAAGUGGUAUAAAUUUCGAGGAGCCGAAUAUCACACCUCCAGAUCCGGAAUCACACAAGACUCUGCUUGGUGAAGCUGCGAAAGCGGCUGAUGGGGGGUUCCCUGGAACUGGAGCACCGCCCGCCAAUGCGCACUUCGAGCAAGAUGCAAUGAACCCCCCAAAAGGCUUGACAGGAGAGGUAGUGCAAGCAGGUGGAGGCAUCACCACCGGACAACCCGCCCAUAUCACUCAAGAGACGCUCGAUGAACUGAAAGCCAAGCAAGACCACCUAACCGGCUUCACCGUAGGUACCGGCCCACCUCCCAGUCAAGAGAAAGUCCCAACACCGAUGCAAGACCAAGGCACGGUUCUGGAUAGCCAAGGCAUGUCAGUGAGUGCCGAGCAAGGAGCACCUAUGGCUAUCGGAGGCGGCAUGCAAGUCUCUGGAACGAUGAAUCUUGAAAAGGUGAAAGCAGCUCAUGAGCAGAUGUUCCAGCUCAACAAAGGUCCUACGAUCGAAAAGCCAGAGGGUCACGGAAACCCCUUCCAGCUUGAUAAAGGCCCCGCGAACGAGAAAUCAGAAGAUGAGAAGAAAGCAGAGGAGAUUAUCAAGGCUACGGAAGAGAAUAAUGGGGAUGGAAGUGAGGGACAACAGAGGAUGGAUGAUGUAGUGGAGAGGAUAGAUUAAAAGUUUGCUGUGUGAGUAUUGCUGAUGUUUGGGUCAUCUUAGGUUGAAAGUAAAUCUUUUGCGGGCUGAUGAGAACGUCAAGUCUCUUCUUGUUUGGCUGUGUUCAAGGAUGAGGUAAGUUUUGAGGAUUUCUGGACACACGAGGACGCUUUGGAAUUGCGGCGUUGCAAGUGCAAACAGACAUCAGGACAAUUUCCAAUGCUCACUUCUCCAGAAGAGCCAUUCCGAAUGUCUCGAU